CCCAGAGCCCACUGGUCCCUCCUGCACAAUGGACUCUCCCCCUUCUGGGACGGCCAGCCCUCAGCCCUCAAGGGCCAAUGAGAACAUCAACCUGGGGCCUUCAGCCAACCCAAACGCCCGGCCUACCGACUUCGACUUCCUCAAAGUCAUUGGCAAAGGGAACUAUGGAAAGGUCCUCCUGGCCAAGCGCAAGUCUGAUGGGAUGUUCUAUGCUGUGAAGGUGCUGCAGAAAAAGUCCAUCUUGAAGAAAAAAGAGCAAAACCACAUCAUGGCGGAGCGCAAUGUGCUUCUGAAGAAUGUGCGGCAUCCGUUCCUCGUGGGCCUGCGCUACUCCUUCCAGACGCCCGAGAAGCUCUACUUUGUGCUGGACUAUGUCAAUGGGGGAGAGCUCUUCUUCCACCUGCAGCGGGAGCACCGCUUCCUGGAGCCCCGGGCCCGGUUCUAUGCAGCUGAGGUGGCUAGUGCCAUUGGCUACCUGCACUCGCUCAACAUCAUCUACAGGGACCUGAAACCUGAGAACAUUCUCCUGGACUGCCAGGGCCAUGUGGUGCUGACGGAUUUCGGUCUCUGCAAGGAAGGUGUAGAGCCAGAGGAGACUACAUCCACCUUCUGUGGCACCCCCGAGUACUUGGCUCCAGAAGUGCUUCGGAAAGAGCCUUAUGACAGGGCAGUGGACUGGUGGUGCUUGGGGGCGGUUCUCUACGAGAUGUUACAUGGCCUGCCCCCCUUCUACAGCCAAGAUGUGUCCCAGAUGUACGAGAACAUUCUGCACCAGCCUCUCCAGAUCCCUGUGGGCCGCACAGUGGCAGCCUGUGACCUCCUGCAGGGCCUUCUUCACAAGGAUCGCCGGCAGCGGCUGGGCUCUGAAGCUGAUUUUGUGGAGAUACAGAACCACAUGUUCUUCAGCCCCAUAAACUGGGACGAUUUGUACCACAAGAGAGUGACUCCGCCCUUCAAUCCAAAUGUAGCAGGUCCUGCUGACUUGAAACACUUUGACCCAGAGUUCACACAGGAAGCUGUGUCCAAGUCCAUCGGCUGUACCCCGGACACCAUGGCCAGCAGCUCUGGGGCAUCCAGUGCUUUCCUGGGCUUUUCCUAUGCACCUGAUGAUGAGGCCAUCCUGGAUGGUUAGAAGAGCAGGGCCUGGGAAAUGCAUCUGCAAGGCCCCACAGUGGCAUGUACCAGAUACCACCAACAGGAUGGUUUAUCUGAUCCCCCAGGUCACCAGAGACUUGCUGUGUUUCUGUUCUGCCACCCAGCAAAGGACUUUUAAGGUUGGGGUUACUCCAUUAAAACAAGAAGAGAGGACUGGAGCGAUAACACAGUAGGUAGGGCAUUUGCAUUGCACACGCCCAAACUGGGUUUAAUUCCCAACAUCCCAUAUGGUUCCCCAAGCAUGUCAGGAAUGAUUUCUGAGCACCUAACCAAAAGUGACCCCUGAGUGACACAAAGUAUGGCCCAAAAGCAAAAAAGAGAGAGAGAGAGAGACAGAGAGAGAUUUAUCUAAUAUCAGAAUGUCUUCCUACAUUCACAGAUUCAUGGAGUCUCUGCCCAGCUAAUUAUUUUUUGGAAUGGGCAGAGUGAUGGGAACUACCUCCAAUUCCAAUAGCUGAAAAUACUAGACCUCAA